AUGGCUCUGAGGGGACCCCGCCCCACAUUCCUGCUGACCCUCGCCUUGCUGGCUGCCUGUGUGGCUCUGACCCUCGGGCAGAGGUGGAACCUGCUGAAUGACAUAUUCCGGAAAGACCAUGUGGACUACCCCAAGACACGCGCCAUCAACAACAACGCCUACUGCAACAAGAUGAUGUGGGACCGGGUGAUGUACUUGAGGUACACCAACACCUUCAUCCAUGCGACGGCCAAGGAUAUCAACAAAGUCUGCACAACGUCUGGGUUAUCCGCUGGGCCCUACCGGCACGUGAGCACGAGUUUCUUCAGCAUCACCACCUGCACAUUUAACCCCUGGAGUAUCUCUUACACCGGGAUCAGCGCAAAACAAAAAAUCGUCAUCUCCUGCUUGAAUCGUCUCCCUGUUUUCUAUGUGAAGAGCACAUAG